AUGGAAGGAUUCAACCAUUCCAGAGUGUCUGAAUUUGUGUUACUUGGACUUACUGAUUCUCCUGAGCUCCAGAUUUUCUUCAAUGUGAUGUUUUUCAUUUUCUAUUUAAUGACCAUGUUUGGUAACUGCCUGAUUUUGUUCACUAUCCUGUUCACCCCACACCUCCACUCCCCCAUGUACUUCCUACUCAGCAAUUUAUCUCUCAUUGACAUGUGCCUGUCCUCUUUUGCCACUCCAAAGAUGAUCAUGGACUUCUUUGCACAACGCAAGACCAUCUCCUUUAAGGGCUGCAUUUCUCAGAUCUUCUUAUUGCACCUCUUCACUGGAACUGAGAUUGUGCUGCUGAUCUCCAUGUCUUUUGAUAGGUACAUUGCCAUAUGCAAACCUCUCCAUUAUUCAACUAUUAUAAGCCAAAGAGUAUGUGUUUGGCUUGUGGUAACUUCUUGGAUGGUGGGCUUCCUGCAUACAAUGAGCCAGUUAGCUUUUAUUCUCUAUUUACCCUUCUGUGGCCCCAAUAUUAUAGACAGUUUCUUCUGUGACAUUCCUUUGGUCAUCCAGCUGGCUUGUAUAGAUAUAUAUGUUCUUGGGGUUUUCAUGAUCUCAACCAGUGGUGUGAUUGCUCUUAUAAGUUUUCUGCUUUUGCUCACGUCAUACAUUAUUGUUCUUGUUACUAUCAAGGACCACUCUUCCAUAGGAUCAUCUAAGGCUCUUUCCACCUGCACUGCACAUUUCAUUGUUGUGUUCAUGUUCUUUGGGCCCUGCAUCUUCAUCUACGUGUGGCCUUUCACAAACUUCUUAGUGGACAAAGUUCUCUCCGUUUUCUACACCAUCUUCACCCCGUUUUUGAAUCCACUUAUCUAUACUUUGAGAAACCAGGAAGUGAAAACAGCUGUGAUGAAGAAACUAAGGAAUCAAUAUUUAUAUCUUGGGAAAAUGACCCCAAGAUAUCCAGUCCAGUGA